AUGCUAAAGCUGUUGAACUGGCUGAAGAGAUUCGCAAUACACCUUUUUUUGAUCCUUAUUGCUGUGUACAUCGCUACACAGUAUGGUCACCACUGGGGAAUUACAAAGCGAACUACUAGAAAGACUGAGGAUAUCAAAAGAGCCGUAGCGGUUCAGAAUGAAAGAACGAUAGCGAAGGUUUGUGAUGCAGACAAAUGCUAUCUGAUAACAGAUCACGCAUAUCUGGAGGACGAAAACCUGAUUGUUGAACGUUAUACAAAAGUGAGGGAAUAUUCCGAGGUGAGAAUCACAGCAGUCGAACUGGAAACGCCACAAGAAUUAACGUGGAAGAACUUCAACACGAAACAAUGGAAUGUCAACAAAUUAUUUAUCAAAGAUGUUUAUGCUAGGGCGAUGAUUGCUGUGCCAUUUAUGACAGAGGCACUAAAAUUCGAUCCAGAGGAUUAUCAAAAUGUGCUCAUGGUUGGCCUUGGUGGCGGUGUUAUGAAUAAUUUUCUCACUGUUGUCGAUUUUAUAAAGGUGAAUCUCACAACGGUAGAGCUGGAUCCGCUCAUGGUCAAAGCAGCAAAAGGUUGGUUCGCGGUAGAGGAGAGUGAUACAAACAAGAUAUUCGUUCAAGAUGGAAUAGUAUUUGUGGCAAAUGCUGUGAAACGAGGCGAUAGGUAUAAGAGCAUCAUAUUGGAUGCGUGCCACAAUGAUGACGCGCCCACUGUUUGCCCUGUGCCGGAGUUUACAAAAGAUGAAGUGAUCAAACAUAUGUCGAAUUUGCUUGACAAUGAUGGUGUGCUGACUGUAAAUAUUCUCUGCUUGCGAGACAUUAUUGGAACAGAGAACACGUUGCUCGAAACUUAUAGACAACAUUUCAAAACUUGCUAUCUGCUGAGGUUCAAGGAAGAUCAACGGCUACUUGUCUGUACAAACAGAGAGCACUGGAGUUUUGAGGAGCAACGAGACUAUUUCUUAAAGAAUCUUUGGACCGUUGAUGACCGAUUCGAUUUCAAGCUAUACGAUAUAAUACGUGAAUCUUGA